AUGAUACACGGUGUCCUCAUAUUCAACACUACCGGCGUUCCACGACUUACAAAGUUCUAUACACCAGUUCACCAAUCAAUCCAAACACUUACCCAAAAACUGUUCUCUCUGGUUUGUUCUCGACCGGUCGGACUGUGCAACUUCUUGGACGCACCCGAGCUCGAUGCUUUUCUGGGUCCGAAGAACGAGGAAGGAGACCGGUGGAGAGUUGUCUACCGCAGUUAUGCUACACUAUAUUUCGUUUUUGUGGUGGAUGGUGCUGAAAGUGAGCUCGGGGUUCUAGAUCUGAUCCAAGUUUUUGUGGAAACUCUGGAUCGGUCGUUUGAGAACGUGUGUGAAUUAGACCUAGUCUUCCACUUCGACGAGGUUCACCAUAUCCUUUCUGAGAUAGUGCAAGGUGGUCUGGUACUUGAGACCAAUAUUGAUGAAAUAGAUGAAUCGGUACAAAAUAUGGCAAGGUUACGAAAAGAAUCGUUCGCAUCUGCGUAUCCACUCUCCCUUGGCGGCGGGCUAUCUCCUAGGAAUGGGCCCCUCAAGACCCCGCUUGGAUGGCUAACCGGAAAAUUUACGGGAGUUGGCACGAGAUGA